GCAAAUCCGUCAGUAGCAGGGCUGAAUAAUGAUUAAAGGGGAUUAGGAGGAGGGUCAUUGUUUAGCUACUAGUGCUACCGCCUGCCUUUAUACAAUCUGUCUGUCUACUAUUACUUUUACUAUACUAUAGUCCUUGCUUUAUUUGAGCAUGUCCGGACGUCAACAAGAAGAAAAACAUGAGUUGAAAAAAUGACGAGCCUUUUUUGGAGCCUUCUAUUAAUUGCCAAGCAGGUUAAGGAAACACAGGAGAUAUAAACAAUGGCUGUCUUGAAAGUGACCUUUACCAAGAGCAAGAGGGACAAACUAGCUCAGGUCCUUUGGAUCCUAAAUUGGAUCUCCGUGGUGACAGGUGUGAUCCUGUUUAGCCUGGGCCUCUUCCUUAAGGUGGCACUCAACAAGCGGCAGGAGCUGAUGGCCGACACGGACAUUCAGUACGUCCCUAACAUGCUCAUAUCUGUCGGCCUCAUCGCAUGCGCCAUUAACUUCCUGGGCGGGAAGAUCUGCUACGACUGCGCCGACACGGCCAAGUUCCUCCGCUGGAAGCUGAUCAUGCUGCCCUACAUUGUAUGCACCUUCUUCUUCACCUUCUGUGUGUUGGUGGGGGCUCUCAUGUGCUACACCAUGCACUGGGACCUGGAUGAGUCCCUGAGAGAAGGCCUGAGCCAGGCCAUGAAGUACUACAAGGACACGGACACUCCGGGAAGAUGCUUCCUGAAGCGUACCGUGGACAUGUUGCAGAUAGAGUUCCAAUGCUGCGGCAACAAGGCUUACACGGACUGGCUCCGAAUCCAGUGGAUCAGCAAUCGCUACCUGGACAUGUCUCACAGAGAGGUGGUUGAUCGCCUGAGGAGCAACGUGGAAGGCAAGUACCUGAUGGACGGUGUCCCCUUCAGCUGCUGCAACAUCAACUCCCCACGGCCGUGCAUCCAGCAGCAGAUUAGGAACAACUCGGCCCACUUCAACUACGACCACCAAACGGAGCAGCUCAACCUGUGGACCAAAGGGUGUCACCAGGCUCUCUUGGACUACUACAGCGGCAUCGUACAUUCCAUCGGUCUCACCGUACUGAUCACAUGGCUCUUUGAGCUGUCGGUGUUGACAGGUGUACGUUACCUCCAGACAUCCUUGGAGAACAUGCUGAGACUUGGAGACCCCGACUGCGAGUCUGACGGCUGGCUGCUGGAGAACAGCUUCAUAGAAACGGCUCGAAGCAAUCUGAACAUCAUCAAGACCCUCAGCAAAAACAACUACGUGGACACUGCCAACAACGGGGACCCCAACAUCAACGUGCCCUCCACUUCCAAAGCCCACUAUGGGCCGGACAAUGUGCCUCUCCAGCAAAUACCUGUAGCUAGCUGACCAGGAACUGUUAAAUGGUCUGGACUACAGGACAUAUCAUUUAGGAAACAAAGAUGCCACGCUCAUAUUUAACGUCACACAUUUUUUUUUAAACUUGGAGGAGCAGAAUGGACAGUUUGUAGAUAAUUUCUGAACAAUUUAACUGAUGUGCAAAUUGACCAUCUAUCAGUCAAAUCCAUAACAUUUCAAAAGAGUGUGCGUACAAGAUGAGCUAAAACUAUUGACUCAAUCAGAAGCCUUUUUAAAACAGGGUAAAACAUCCUACAGGACUUGCCUCUGUUACUUGAGGGGUUUCAGUGUGGCUGUGGAUGCUGUGACCUUGCCUCGCCUUAGACUCCACUCUCCACACAGCACCUGAAGGAAGACUUAUCAAUGAGUAUGUUCUAAUAUUUGGAUGAAACCUUAUAACAUGCAAGAUUUUGGAGAACUUGUGUGCUGCUCAAAGAAACUGUGAUGCCUUUUUGAACUUCGAGAAGUAGUAUUGGUAUCAAGUUUACAUCUACUCACAAUCCAACUAAACAUUUUGAACUGAUCUUUUUGUGGGGUAGAAUAGCUGUAAAACAAAACUAAUGGGACCCCUGGCCACAUGGACACUUGAAAAUGGAGGAAAAUCUCAAAUUUGUCAAUAACUUCCAUGCUUUCUGCAUUUUGGAGUGUCAAUGGGACUACUUUGUCCAUUCAUCAUCCAUGUAAAGUCACUGCUGUUGGACGCCAGCUAGGGUCUGGCUCACAAUCUCUGUUCUAAUUUUGGUUUUUGAUGGUGUUAAUGUCAGGGUUCUGUCCAUUUUCUUCCACACCAAACUCAUCAGUGCAUGCCUUCACAGAACCUCAUACUGGGAUAGAAAAGUGUUCACUCAACAUUAGAAGCAUAAAAUUAAAUGGGAACUAAUGGAUCUAGUCCAACUGCUCAUUGGCUAAGUCUGACUUUUGUUCAUAUACAGGCAAUAUAAAAUAUCUACACACCCCUGUUUAGAUGCCAGGUUUCAGUGACAUAAAAAAGAAAGAAAAUCCACCAUUGUGACUUACAACCUGUACAACCCAAUUGAGAAACAAAUGAACUCUUAAGAGAGGGAAAGUAAAAAUAAACAACUGACGACAGUGGUUGCUCAAGUGUGUUCACCCUCUAAUAACAGCAUGUGGCUGUGUUCAGAACUAAACAAUCACAUUCAAACUCUUGUUAAAUGGUUGUCAGCACACAAGUUUCCUGACAUUUGUUUUGCUUUCUAGCAGAAGCCUGAAUGUUUUAUGCGAACACUGACUGGUACAGUAUUUGGAACUGUUCAUAAUUCCCUCUACCUUGAGUAAGAGCCCAGUACCAGCUGAAGGAGAGAGAGAGACCUCCAAAGUUGAGGAGCAGUGUUGUGGUUGCACCAAACAGAACUUUUGAAAUUAUGGCCAAAUGGUUCAACCUUGGGUUCAACAAGCCUCUCAGAUUUGGGAGAUUUCAAGUGUGGGUUUCUUCCCUUUUAAGAUAAGGAUUCUCUUGCCAUCCCACCCUACAGCCCAGAAAUAUAAAGAUGAGAGAUUGUCGUCACAUGUACUAACUGCCAGUACUUACCAGAACCUCCUGCAGCUUCUUCUGUCUCUUGGCAGCCUCCCUGACUUGUUUUCUUGUUUUUUUGUCACAAAAACCUGGCAUUUGAACAGGGAUUUGUAGAAUUUUUGUAUCCACUGGACUGCGGCUUGAAUAAAAGCAAGAACUUGCCUUGACCAA